UCCGUCUCUUUUAAACCAUUCCAAACCAACCCUCUUCUUUGAAAAACCAUAACAGAAAAGAGAGAGAGAGAGAGAGAGAGAGAUAUGGAGUUUCUUGAUGAAGUCGAAGAGGAAUAUGGGAAAUGCCGAAAACACCCUUCCCAGUCAAGAAUCGGCGUCUGCCCCAUCUGCCUCAAGAACCGCCUCAUCCUCCUCUGUCCCCACUGCGCUAACGUGCGCCCCUGCGUUUGCUACCACUCCCCUGACUUCCCUUCCACUUCCACCUCAUCCUCCUCGUCCCUCUCCUCCACCGACGCCGUCAUCGGGGCGGUCGGCCGCAUGUCGUUCCUCAUCGAUAGCGAGCCCGCUUUCCGACGUACUCGAUCCGCCGCGUUUCCGUUCCUCCGCCAGAAAUCCGGUGGGAAAAUCGAUGGAUUCCGGCGGCAUCCGCCGGAGACUCGUAGCUGGUCGUCCUCGUUCGCUUCUUUAUUAUCGUUCUUGAGGGUGGAGAAGAAGAAGAAGAAAGCGGAUGAGGAGAAGACGACGACGGUAAAGCAGCUUCGGAGAUCGAGAUCGGUUGGGUUCUCUUGUUACUCAGAUUCCGAUGAAAUUUCCGGCAGAGACGCCAGAUUGAGGGGUUGGGGUUGGCUUCCAAGCCCGAUCAAGGUUUUCCGGCAGCCGAAGACGUCGAAGGUCCUGCAAGAACGCUCGCCUCUUUGCAGAGGUUGAAGGAAAGAAAACGAGAAAAAAGAAAAGAAAAGAAAAUUGCAGUAUAUAUUUUUAAAAUUUUGUAUUAUGUAGAGAAUCAUACUGUAUAUCAACAUAAGACGAUCGGAAAUUUCAAUUUCUUUUUUACCUUUUA